GAAAGGCUCUAGGGCGGCAGAUAAGGCUGUUGCUAUGGUGAUGAAGGAGAUUCCGAGGGAUGAGGCUGCAGAGGAAAAGCCCCUCCUCACUAUGGCGUCACAGCUAGUGAACGAGCAACAAGAAAGCAGACCCCUUCUGAGUCCCUCCAUUGAUGACUUUCUCUGUGAAACUAAACCAGAAGCUGUUGCAAGGCCUGUAACUUCAAAUACUGCAGUAUUAUCAACAGGUCUGGAUCUCUUGGAUCUUAGUGAACCUGCCUUACAAACCCAAAACAAAGCAAAGAAAUCAGAGAAUCCAUCAAGAGGUGAAGGCUUAAAAACUUCAGCCCACAGAAAGAAGACAGACAAUUCUGACCUUAUCAGUGUGGAUACUGAACACAAAGUUCAGACUGUCAGAGUUUCAGACAAGUCUUCACUAGAUUUAGUUGAUAUUCAGACACAGAUUGAGAAAUGGGACGAUGUCAAUUUUCCUGGAGACAGGAACUGCAAGGUCCAUCCUUCUGCAGAACGAACAUCAUCAUCAUCAUCUAGAGCUCAAUCAAAAGAGCUUUUAUGGUCCACAGAAAAUAGAUCGCAGUCUGAGCUGACUAAUGUCAAGAGCGCUUUCGACACUGAUUCAACAUCAGAACUAGAAGUAGCACCUGCAGUACAGGUGCGAUCAACUAAGGAGCAGCGUUGGGGAGGGCCUCUUCUCUCAAGAAAUCACUCACUGGAAGAGGAAUUUGAAAGAGCUAAGGCAGCUGUGGAGUCAGACACAGAGUUUUGGGAUAAAAUGCAAGCAGAAUGGGAAGAAAUGGCUCGCAGGAACUGGAUUUCAGAGAACCAAGAAGCACCAGGGCAAGUCACCAUCUCUACCAUUGAGAAGGGAUAUUAUUUCCAUACAGAAAAUCCUUUCAAAGACUGGCCAGGUGCUUUUGAGGAAGGACUGAAAAAAAUGAAAGAAGGUGACCUGCAUGUUACAAUCCUGUACCUGGAGGCUGCUAUUCUACAAGAGCCCAAUGAUGCAGAGGCCUGGCAGUUCCUGGGCAUAACACAGGCAGAGAAUGAAAAUGAGCAAGCAGCCAUUGUCGCACUUCAAAGGUGCUUGGAACUGCAGCCAAACAACCUAAAAGCUCUGAUGGCACUGGCUGUAAGUUAUACUAACACAGGUCACCAACAGGAAGCCUACCAAGCUCUACGAAACUGGAUAAAGCUAAAUCCAAAGUACAAGUACAUAGCGAAAAGCAAAAAAGGGUCCCCAGCACUUACCAGGAGAAUGUCUAAGACGUCAGAUGAAAGCUCGUUACUUGAAGAAGUAAAGGAUUUAUACCUAGAGGCUGCUCACCAGAAUGGUGACGUGAUAGACCCUGACUUGCAGACAGGACUUGGAGUUCUUUUCCACCUGAAUGGAGAAUUUAACCGAGCAAUAGAUGCAUUUAGUGCUGCUUUAACUGUUCGGCCAGAGGACUACACGUUAUGGAACCGUCUUGGAGCAACCCUGGCAAAUGGGGAUCGAAGCGAAGAAGCUGUUGAGGCUUACACACGUGCUUUAGAAAUACAACCUGGCUUCAUUAGGUCCAGGUACAAUUUAGGCAUAAGCUGCAUCAACUUAGGAGCAUACAGAGAGGCUGUCAGCAAUUUUCUCACGGCUCUCAGUUUGCAAAGGAAAAGCAGGAAUCAACAGCAGGUGCCCCAUCCUGCUCUAUCAGGCAAUAUUUGGGCAGCACUUAGAAUUGCUUUGUCUAUGAUGGACCAGCCAGAACUAUUUCAAGCUGCCAAUGUGGGCGACCUAGACAUUCUAUUAAGAGCUUUUAAUCUAGAGCCGUAAUACAAAGCAUCCACAAAUUAAGUUAUAUUA